UCCCAGCACCAGUUGCUAACCAGCCUACCCACUUGUUUCCCCUGCCUGCUGCUGGCUGCCUUGAAUGACUCGUGCUCCGAGCUCCUUGUGGGUCUGACGGAGCAGGGACCAUGUCUACCUUCGGCUACAGGAGAGGACUUAGCAAAUACGAAUCCAUCGAUGAGGAUGAACUCCUGGCUUCCCUGUCAGCCGAGGAGCUGAGGGAACUAGAGAGGGAGCUGGAAGAUAUUGAACCUGAUCGCAGCCUUCCCGUGGGCAUGAGACAAAAGAGCCUGACCGAGAAAACGCCCACGGGGACAUUCAGCAGAGAGGCACUGAUGGCCUACUGGGAAAAGGAGUCCCAGAAACUCUUGGAGAAGGAGAGGCUGGGGGAGUGUGGAAAGGUUGCAGAAGAAGACAAAGAGGAGAGUGAGGAAGAGCUUAUCUUUACUGAAAGUAACAGUGAGCUUUCUGAAGAGGUGUAUACGGAAGAGGAGGCGGAGGACGAGGCCGAGGCCGAGGAGGAGGAGGACAGCGAAGGAGAGGAAAGAACAAUUGAAAACGAGAAAGGGAUUAAUGGAUCUGUACAUUACGGUAGUGUCAAUUCUGACAACUCGAGGCCAGAGCCAUUUAAAAGCCAAAUUGAAAACACACAUCUGACCAACGGCCACAGCGGAAGGAACACAGAGCCCCCGGCUGCCAUCCACCCCUGUGGAAACCCUACGGUGAUCGAGGAUGCUCUGGAAAAGAUGAAAAACAAUGACCCUGACACCACGGAAGUCAAUCUGAACAACAUCGAGAACAUCACGUCGCAGACCCUCACCCGCUUCGCGGAGGCCCUCAAGGCCAACACGGUGGUGAAGACCUUCAGUCUGGCCAACACGCGCGCCGACGACAGCGUGGCCACCGCCAUUGCGGAAAUGCUGCGAGUCAACCGCCACAUCACCAGCGUCAACAUCGAGUCCAACUUCAUCACGGGCAAGGGCAUCCUGGCCAUCACGAGGGCUCUGCAGCACAACACCGUGCUCACCGAGCUGCGCUUCCACAACCAAAGGCACAUCAUGGGCAGCCAGGUGGAGAUGGAGAUCGUCAAGCUGCUGAGGGAGAACACCACGCUGCUGAGGCUGGGGUACCAUUUCGAGCUCCCAGGACCAAGAAUGAGCAUGACCAGCCUCUUGACCAGAAACAUGGAUAAACAGCGGCAGAAACGGAGGCAGGAACAGAAGCAGCAGGAGGGGUACGAUGGAGGAGCCGACCUUAGGACCAAAGUCUGGCGAAGAGGAACGCCCGGCUCCUCACCUCACGCAUCCCCCAGGCACUCUCCCCGCUCAUCCCCCAAACUCCCCAGGAAAGUCCAAAGUGUGAGGAGCCGGCCUCCGUCGCCGGUGGCCCCGCCCCCUCCGCCGCCGCCGCCGCCGCCGCCGCCGCCUCUUCCUCCGCAAAGGCUGCCGCCCCCGCCUCCUCCGCCGCCGCCCCCUCCGCCCCCGGAGAAGCUCAUCACGCGGAACAUCGCAGAAGUCAUCAAACAGCAGGAGAGUGCCCAGCGGGCCUUACAAAAUGGACAGAAAAAGAAAAAGGGGAAAAAGGCUAAGAAACAGCCAAACAGUACCCUAAAGGAAAUUAGAAAUUCCCUGAGGUCAGUGCAGGAGAAGAAAGUGGAAGACAGUUCCCGACCUUCUACCCCACAGAGAUCAGCUCAUGAGAAUCUCAUGGAAGCUAUUCGGGGCAGCAGCAUGAAACAGCUAAGGCGCGUGGAAGUUCCAGAAGCUCUGCGAUAAAAACCCGAUCUUUAGAAGAGGAUGCAGAAUUAUUCAGUGGUAUUAGAUAAAAUGCAUUGUGAGAUGUUUCUAAACUACCUUCUUCAAUUUGAAAUGUUCUCUGACUUUAAAAGUAGCCUCACCCAUUAGUUCCAAAGAGAAUUUUAAGAAACUAUCAGCAUGUUUCUUCUGUAAAUAUGAAAAUAUACUUCUUUUUUAUGUCGUGAGAUUUGUAUUGGCAAGAAGCAGUUUAUUUAAACAUGCUCUGGCUGUGUUGGUAAUUCUGAGCUGUAAUGAGUUAAUGAAAUGUGCUGUUAUUUUUGUAAUCCCAAUAAAUUUGGAUUGAGGUUUUUCGGUUGUUU